CUAAGGGUUGAAAAUAGCUGUAUGGCUAGGCUUUCGUAACCCCCAUCGCCCCCCUGACAUCGAUACCUCUUUAUCUUUAUUGGCCCCUCUGCUUAACCUCCCUGUAUCCUACUUGUGUGCCGGCAUACUAAACCAGCAUCCAUCCCCAGACUUUGCUUUGGAGCGGAAGUGGCCUAUGUAAAACUGGAGCUGAAACUGUAAACAAGUUCAGUUGGUAACUAUGCUAGGUCUGGGCGCCUAUGACAGCAGCGAUGAUGAAGCUGGGUGGGAGGUCACCCCAGGUGCACCAAAGCGGGAAAGUAAUGGUCCACCAGCGCAGGCCUUUCAAACGAUAGAAUAUACAAAUGAUCAGUCAAGCUAUCUGUCCGUCAAACAACCAUCAGAGAAGAUCACCGCUCCUGAACCAGACCAGCCUUUUCUCGGACCAACACAUGCGAGCUCGCCAAUGUUGCAACAGCUCCCAGCCAAUGAACAGUUACCGGUCUUUCCAGCAAGUCGCACUUUGAUCCAUGACUUAACGCUUCCUCCAGUACCCAAUCUCGACAUUCCGCCAUCGCCGCCCGGCUCCCCUGAUCCCGCAGCAAAUGCCAAAAUUUCUCAUUUUCUGUCGUUGAAGAAACAAGGCAUGCAUUUCAACGAGAAGCUUGCUGGGUCCGCAUCGCUUAGGAAUCCAAGCCUAAUCAGGAAGAUGAUGGAUCACGCGGGGAUCGAUGAUCAAGCACAGUACUAUACUUCCCUCCCGCUUCAGAUACGGGGUGCUUCUGAUUUGCCACGUUGGGGCUUUAAAGAAGAACUCCUAAAGGCACAGAGAGAGAUUCAAGCAGAGGCUAGAAAGGUGUUAGGCCACAAAGACGCCGUCCAGUUUGUGGCAGCUACACCUGGCGAGUCUAAUCUUCGAGGAUCUGCCUCUGAUCUAAGGGCAAUACAAAAGUAGUGUCUGAUAAAGUGCCAGGUGCUCCUGUAUGAGAUACAAGGCACAGACAAUUGAAUACCAGAACUCUAUAGCUGAAGAGCGCACAGACUUUAGAGCAAGGGAGGCUUCCUCGAACUAUGAAGGCCGUGGCAAAAAUACCAUCCACGGUGGGGGAGAAGUCGGGCUGCGGACUGUGGGUGAGAUGCUUGACAUAAUGCACAAUUCGUAGCGUAGACCGCACUCCAAGGGGGCUGCUGCCAUCCUGCCUGGUCAAGAAGAGGAUACAUCGUAACGCUGCGCAUGAAGGGA